CCGGAGCCGGAGCCGCGAUGAGCGGGGCCGCCUGGCCGGGCUGGCUGCUCUGCAGGCUGGGGCUGCUCCUGCUCUGCCGAGGGCUCCUGGUGCGGAGCCUGGAGUACAAUCAGCCGGCCGACAACUACACCGUGUGUCAAGGGGACGAUGCCAUUCUAAGCUGUUCCAUCGACAAGGAGGUGACCCGGGUGGCCUGGCUGAAUCGCUCCAACAUCCUGUACGCUGGGAACGACAAGUGGUCCAUCGACCCGCGGGUCCGGCUGCUCACCAACAGCCAGGCCGAGUUCAGCAUCCUCAUCGCCAGCGUGGACGUGUGGGAUGAGGGGCUGUACACCUGCUCCUUCCAGACCCAGGCCAAGCCCCACACGGCCCAGGUCUACCUCAUCGUGCACGUGCCAGCUCGGAUCACGAACAUCUCCUCGGCCGUGACAGUGAACGAAGGGAGCGACGUGAGUUUGCUGUGCAUGGCCACAGGCAAACCUGAGCCCACCGUGACCUGGAGACAGCUGAGAGACGGGUUCACCAGCGAAGGGGAAUAUCUGGAAAUCACCGAGAUCAACAGGCAGCAGGCCGGGGAAUACGAGUGUAUCACGGCCAACGGCGUCUCUCUGGCCGACAGCAAGAGGGUCCUGAUCACAGUCAACUACCCUCCCACCAUCAAGGACGUCAAGGACGCCUAUCCCCCUGUGGGGAAGCCGGCACUGCUGAGAUGUGAGGCCAUGGCUGUGCCCCCUGCCGAAUUCGAGUGGUUCAAGGAUGACAAGCAACUCUUUGGGGGCCUCGAGGGGCUGCGGAUCCGGAACGAGCGCACGCGUUCCAUGCUGCUCAUCGACAACGUCACCGCUCGGCAUUAUGGGAACUACAGCUGCCUGGCCUCCAACAAGCUGGGGGUCUCCAACGCAAGCCUGCGGCUGAUACGACCCGGCUCUCUGGAAAACGUAGCCGUGACCGGGAUGGAGUCCCCCUUGUUCCUGGGCUUGCUGUCGUCAGCCUUUGUGACUCUCCUGUUUAAGAUCUAGUGUGUUCGGCAGGCGCAGCGGGAGGAGAGGCGGCUCGGAUGGAGAGGGAGAGCGUGAGAGAGACCUUCUCCUUUCCGGGAGAGACGAAGAGAGAAAACAAAGAAACAAAUCUUAUCGAGAACCCCAGCACUGUGAGGGAAACAUGAAAAAAAGAGAAAAAAACGACAAAAAAAAAUAUGCAUUUCUUUCUACGGCCAUUUUCUGUCACUUUCAUCCCAGACACUUCCAGCCGGACUUGUUCUAAAGGGACAAACAAACUGACCUGCAAAGACACAGGGCUUUAAAGGGUUAACGGCCAGUGCUUCUGUGCCCCAUGGGGGCCUCCCGCAAUAGGGCUCGCGGUGAGGGGCUGUUCCCCUGCUCUGGGAGAGUUUGCGGUUCUCAGUGGCCCUGAAGGACGAGCUUCGCUGGCUUUUGCAAAAGUUGGGGGCUGGGCCUUUCUGUACCACACGGCGUGUUUGAGUGGGGAAUUUCCCUAGUCUGGGGCAGAAAAAUUCCUCAGCGAACAACGUUUCUUGGGCUGUGAAUGACCCUUCUUUACACAGGUUUUGGACUCUGAAUUUCCUGAUUUCAUGAAGCUCUCCGGGCUGAGAUCUUCCUUCGCUCACCAAGUUUUCCGGGCUGAGAAUUCCCUUGGUUUACACAGAUCUGAGGCUGAACAUUUCCUUCCUUCACAAAGGUUUUUGGGCUGAGAAUGAUCCUUGUUUACACGGGUUUGAGGCUGCGAAUUAAUUAGUUU